ACGCCGCAUAUCAGUUGGUUCGCAGCUUCGAGCGUAUCCGGACGCGUAUGAGCGACAUAAUUUUCCGUCGUGAAAGUGAACACACGGGCAAGAAGAGUGUAGUGCGCCUUAGGGACACCCCACUUCCGGUGAGCAGUGUGUCGGUUUUUUUUUUGAUUUCUUGAAAUCAGGGUUUGAAUUUUAUAGCUGGUGUGUGUUUCGAGUACGCGGAGAGUUUGUCUCCGAUUGUCCAUAAGCGGGGGUGCAGUGCUUUUGGUGAACGGGGUUAAGUGUUUUCAAAACAGAGCAUAAAUUGUGAGCAUUGUGUUGGAUUGGCAAGGAGAGUGUUGUGUGAAAAUAAACGGGCUAAAAUUAAGUUUAUUGAUUCCACCAGAAGAGACCGAAGUGUGGCUGUUGGCAUUGUGGAGAUCCUGGAAGCGAAUCUAGAACGGGUGGAAUUGAGCCAACGUUAUGGUUGUGUAGUGAAUUGAUCGAAAGGUAAAAAUAUUCCGGUCCAGCUGAAAAGCUACCCAGUGAGAGUUGCAGAAAGAACCGAGGAAAAUUCGUUCUCGGGAAAAAUUGUAUUAACAUCAACACGCUUUGUAGUUGUCUGAGUGUGGAAAACGUGUUUGCUUUUAUUUUUUACCGUGACAGUGUACGUGAGUUGGCUGACGGUGUAAGGAUCUACUCGGUGGGACGACGGACGGUGUGUUGCGACAGGUCCUGUCGGUUCGAGAAGGUGUGUCUGUGAGGACCGACCAGUCCCGUUACCUGGCCCACACAAGUGCACAAGUGCACGCUGUUGUCUGAGGGAAUUUCGUAAACGAUGUGAAUGAGGAUUGAACAGAAUUUAUUGAAAUAUACAGUAAACUGCAAGAGAUAUCAAUGCGUCUACCCAGCCGCACGCCCAUCAGCCUGCCCAGGCUACCACCGUCAGUAGCUGAAUCGCACAUCUAAAGAAUUCCGCCAACUGGCCCCCCCAAAAACCGUGCUUUCGCAAUCCCGCGCAACGGCUUCGCUCAGCCAAUCCGUAGGAAGGAUGAUCAAAUCCUACAAACUGUACCUGACGCUGCUGAUCAGUUCGGUGUUCAUAAUCCUGUGUCAAAAUCAGAUUUCGAUAGCAAAUUUCGUUAGCAGCUCUUCAGCAGCGCUAGCCGGAAGCAAUGGACCUGGCCAGCCUCCGGCGGAAGCGCAAGCCCUGAUCGGAGACGAUCUGGGUCCAGACGACGGCCAGGAGCAGCCAUCCAUCGUUGACAAGAUCCGUUCCAGGAGUCUCACCUUCAACGAUGUCCGACCGGGAGGUGGCACGAAAUCAACGGACCGGACUACCACAACCUUAGGAACUAGUAGCAGCAGCAGCAGCAGUAGUAGCAGUAGCACAGCAAGCACUUCAACGAGCACAACUACCAGUACGACGACGACGACGACAACGACUGCAGCCCCCGGGGAGAAUGAUAUCUCCGGAAAUCGUCAACAAUCAGCUAGAAGUAGUGAUAUUCCUUUAAAAUUCCCGGUGGACACCAAGGUGCUACCCCCACUGUACAUCAUCACACCGACAUAUCGCCGUCCGGAGCAGCUGGCGGAAAUCACCCGACUCGGCUACACCCUCAAGCACGUGCCGAACCUGUUCUGGCUGAUCGUAGAGGAUGCCGACAACCGGACCGAAACCGUAACGAGACUGCUGAAGCAAAUCAAUGUGCCAUUUAUCCAUUUAACAGCUCCAAUGCCAGCCAAAUAUCGCAAACUGAAGGUCAAGCCACGUGGCGUGUCCAAUCGAAACCGAGGCCUCCAGUGGAUCCGUGCCAACGCGACCGAAGGAGUCCUCUACUUCGCCGACGAUGACAAUACCUACAACUUACAGAUCUUCGAACAGAUACGCUUCAUUCGCAAGGUGGGUAUGUGGCCCGUUGGCCUGAUCUCCAAGUACGGCGUCAGCAGUCCGAUCGUGGUCAAUGGGUCGAUCACCGGGUUCUACGACGGGUGGAUCGGCGGUCGCAAGUAUCCAAUCGAUAUGGCCGGAUUUGCAGUGAGCGUCAAGUUCCUUCUGUCCCGACCCAAGGCGGAAAUGCCCUUCAAGGCCGGGUACGAAGAGGAUGGCUUCCUGAGAAGUUUGGAUCCGCUGGAUCUUAAGGAAAUCGAUCUGUUGGCAUCCAAUUGCACUGAGAUCCUGACGUGGCACACGCAGUCCAAGAAGAAUCCGUCAGCGCUUCCGUUGAAUUUGACGAAGUAUGGAUCUACCAAUUUGGUGAAACUUACGCGAACGCUAGUUUAGAACUAAGAACAGAGCCGUAGCAAACGCAAAUAAAAGACAAUUCAAAUUUCCGAACUGAAGAGCAAAUGGCGCAACGUUGAACGGUGGAAAAGCUAGAAAAAGGAAUAAACAUACAUUAUUCUGGGUGCUAUUUUGAAUUUUAAAGUAAAAAUUAACACAAAAGUUUAUUCACGAACAAAAUUUUCAAAUCAAUAAUUUUCAAAACUACAUUGACAAAGGUACUGAUUUGUUAUAGCGGAAAAAUUGAUGAACCAGGGGGUACUUAACAAAGAUUGAUAGGUGAAAAAAAAAGCGUUUGAAGAAUUUAUCGAGAUUGGUUUCAGGAAAUUUGGGAUUCCCCUAAACACGAAGUGUAGUAAACCAGUUGCGCACUGUAUUGUAAAAUAAAGUUAGCUAGGAUAUGAUACCAAAUAAUGAUUAAGAAGAUUGUUUUCUCUUGUCACAUUUUUCUUCCAACAGCAGAUAUUUGUGCGUGUGAAUUGUGCUCGAAAAGGUCACUAUCUGAUUGUGAAGCUCCACUUUUAGCUGUAUAUAUUUCCUAUGUUCCUUACAGAGAAUCGGUCGAAUUGAUAUUUGGGAAUUACUUUUUAUUCGACACAAUUGGCCCAUACAUUCUUAAAAUCUCAAACUAGAUAUUCUUAGAUAGUUUUAGCUACUCCAAUUUUUUGAUAGUUAAAAUCGUGUAAAUACAUUCAAAUCCAGAAGGUCGAAACUUCACUCAUAUCUCUAAUUCUUUCUUAUAUUUUAAUGUAGUGUAGCUAUUCAAAAAAAAAAACAAAGUUACAAAUAAGACAAGUGCGUCACAAGGCACACGACCCUUCAAAAUGGUCGUAAGAUAUCAUUAGGCUGUCGCACCCAGUGUGACUUUAAGAUUGAAAUCCAACCAAGGAUGGUCAAGUGCAAUCUCCAAACCUAUAUGCUCAUAUUUCUUAAAUAGAGAGUAAUGUUUGCAUCCAACAGUUGUGGAAGCAAUUCGAACCGAAAUCAACAAGUGUGAACCACGAGCUUUCCCCCCGAUUGGAAAUCAUGAUAAGUAAAACGAAAUCUACCAGAGCUGUUCUUUCCAGAAGCCGAAGAGACGAAAUGGAAAACUGUCGCCUUUGAUAUUUUAUAGGUUUACCCGUUCGCAUUGAUAAUAGUGCUAACCUUAGUAUAUUGUACACUGCGCAAGCAAACAAAAAUCCACAAGUUGAAUCUCUAGAGGACUUCGUUUCAGUUUUCGGUUAAAAAAGAGUAAACUAUUUCCUCGUUCGAUGCAGAUUUUAUUGAUUCUCUUAUUCUUCUUUGAUUGUGAUCCAACUCUGAAAAAAAAAAAUCAUCAUUAAAACGUAAGCUAUACUAAUAAAUGAUAUUGGAAAAAUUGA